AGGUCGUUUGAUUGGAAAAGAAUUAUUUCAAAAUUAUGGUGUAAAUAGCAAAAUUAACUAAUAUCUCACACCAAACACUUCAUAUUAUCUCAAAAUUAUUUAUCCAAUGUAAUUAGUCUAUUCAAUUAUUUAUUUAUUUAUUUAUAAGAGAAGAGUGUCUAUAUAUAACUUCUUCUUCUUCUCUCAGCUAAAACCCUAAAUUCUUGUCAACUAAAAACAAUGGAACCCGAAAAACCCCAAAUGGAAGAUGAAAUUACCAAAAAGCCCUCCAAAAAAGAAGCCGCCAAGGAAGAACGCCGCCGCAAAAAGGAAGCAUUGGCCGCCGCAUCCGCCGCCGCAGUCUCCGCCGUCACAAUCGAUGAAUCCGACCCGCUUUCAAGCAACUACAGGGACAUCGAGCUAAACGAUCUACAAUCCAAAUCAAUAACGGGUCGAAAAUGGACAGAAGUCGGGUCAAUUAUACCCGAAUUGAAGGACCAGGUGAUACUGACUAGGGGAAGAGUACAUACGAUUCGACCGGUUAGUAAGAAGAUGGCGUUUGUCGUUGUGAGAGAACGAGGAUUUACGGUGCAAUGUGUGUUGAAUGUGAAGCCUGAAUUGGUUAGUUUACAAAUGGUGAAAUUUGCUACUAGUUUGAGUAAAGAGUCAAUUGUUGACAUUGAAGGCAGUGUCUCGAUACCAGCUAAGCCAAUUACGGGUUGCACUCAACAACAGGUGGAAGUACAAAUAAGCAAACUUUAUUGUGUCAAUAGGGCUAUGCCCACACUACCUAUUAAUAUCGAGGAUGCUGCUAGAAGUGAAGUGGAGAUAGAACAAGCUUUAGAGAAAGGAGAGCAGCUUGUUCGCGUAAAUCAGGAUACUCGCUUAAACUUCAGAAUACUAGAUAUCCGCACACCUGCAAAUCAAGGAAUCUUUCGCAUUCAGUGUCAAGUUGAAAAUAUAUUCAGGCAGUUUUUGCUCUCGGAAGGAUUUGUUGGAAUCCACACUCCAAAAUUGAUUGGAGGGUCUAGUGAAGGAGGUUCGGCUGUUUUCAGAUUAGAUUAUAAAGGUCAACCUGCAUGUCUGGCGCAGUCACCUCAACUUCACAAGCAGAUGGCAAUAUGUGGUGAUUUUGGCCGUGUAUUUGAAAUUGGUCCUGUCUUUAGAGCAGAAGAUUCUUUUACACAUAGACAUCUGUGUGAGUUUACAGGUCUUGAUGCUGAAAUGGAGAUUAAGGAACAUUAUUCAGAGGUCAUGGAUAUUGUUGGCCGCUUAUUUGUAGCCAUGUUUGAUAGCCUGAAUGAGAUAUGCAAAAAGGAACUUGAAGCCAUUGGAAGGCAAUACCCUUUUGAACCUCUGAAGUAUUUACGAAAGACCUUACGACUUACAUUUGCGGAGGGGGUUCAAAUGCUAAAGGAAGCUGGUGUUGAAGUUGAUCCUCUUGGGGACCUAAAUACAGAAUCAGAAAGAAAGCUUGGGCAGCUUGUUGCUGAGAAGUAUGGAACUGAGUUCUAUAUACUUCACAAGUAUCCACUGGCUGUUCGUCCGUUCUAUACCAUGCCUUGUCAUGACAAUCCGUCUUACAGCAAUUCUUUUGAUGUCUUUAUCCGAGGUGAGGAAAUUAUCUCAGGAGCUCAACGUGUCCAUGUUCCUGAAUUGUUGGAAAAACGUGCUGGAGAGUGUGGAAUUGACGUGAAGACAAUAUCAACAUAUGUCGAUUCUUUCCGGUAUGGUGCACCUCCCCAUGGUGGAUUUGGAGUCGGAUUGGAGCGCGUAGUGAUGCUUUUCUGCGCCCUCAAUAACAUUCGCAAGACAUCACUUUUCCCUCGCGACCCUCAAAGGAUUGCCCCGUGAUACGUUCAUUUUCAAACUUACGUUCUAUUUUUGUUUCACUUCCAACUGGUUCGUGUUCAUGUUCUUGCAUGAAACCAAUAAGUAGAUGAUAACUACUACUAUAUCAAAGCUGCGCUUGAUUUUCUUAUCUAA